AGAGCAGCAUAAAUAGACUGGCCUACAUUGAAAUGAUUCCUGGAGGAAAGAGAAUUCGAUCCGGCACAACUUGUCACUCCACAGCCGAUUCGUCAGGGUGCAGAAUGAAGGCACUGGGAAAAGCUCUUGGUGGAUGAUCAAUCCAGAUGGUGGAAAAGGUGGGAAGGCACCCCGGAGACGUGCUGUGUCAAUGGACAACAGCAACAAGUACACAAAGAGCAGAGGGCGGGCUGCUAAGAAAAAGGCAGCCCUACAGACUGCCCAGGAGACGAGUGAGGACAGCCCUUCUCAGCUCUCCAAGUGGCCAGGGAGUCCCACCUCCCGCAGCAGCGAUGAGCUGGAUGCAUGGACGGAUUUUCGCUCCCGUACAAAUUCAAAUGCCAGUACGAUCAGUGGCCGCUUGUCACCGAUUUUGGCAAGCACCGAACUAGAUGAUGUUCAAGAUGACGAUGCUCCGCUUUCUCCCAUGCUGUACAGCAGUCCAUCGAGCUUGUCCCCAUCGGUAAACAAACCGUGUACUGUGGAGUUGCCUAGGUUGACUGAUAUGGCUGGGACAAUGAAUUUGAACGAUGGACUGACAGAUAACCUCAUGGAUGAUCUCUUGGACAAUAUAACACUCCCUCCCUCCCAGCAGUCGCCCACAGGAGGGAUAAUGCAGAGAAGCUCCAGUUUUCCUUAUGGUUCCAAAGGUUCAGGGCUGGGUUCCCCAUCGAGUAGUUUCAAUAACACCGUGUUCGGGCCGUCGUCCCUGAAUUCCCUCCGCCAGUCGCCCAUGCAGACCAUUCAGGAGAACAAGCAGGCCACCUUCUCUUCCAUUUCUCAUUACAACAACCAGACGCUGCAGGAUCUCCUCGCCUCUGAUGCACUUAGUCACAGCGAUGUCAUGAUGACACAGUCUGACCCACUCAUGUCACAAGCCAGCACAGCUGUGUCUGCCCAGAAUUCCCGCAGGAAUAUAAUGCUCCGCAACGACCCCAUGAUGUCGUUUGCCGCGCAGUCCAGCCAGGGCAGUCUGGUCAAUCAGAACCUGCCCCAUCACCAGCACCAGUCCCACAACUCCUCUCUUAGUGGCAGCCGUGCCUUGUCCAAUUCCAUCAGUAACAUAGGCUUGAGUGACUCGAACAGCUUGGGAUCCACCAAACAUCAGCAGUCACCUGUCAAUCAGUCUAUGCAAACACUUUCUGACCCGCUCUCAGGCUCCUCUUUGUACUCCUCUAGCGUGAACCUCCCGGUCAUGGGACACGAGAAAUUCCCAAGUGACUUGGACCUGGAUAUUUUCAAUGGGAGCCUGGAGUGUGACAUGGAGUCCAUUAUCCGCAGUGAACUCAUGGAUGCAGAUGGGCUGGAUUUUAACUUUGAUUCCCUCAUCUCAGCUCAGAACGUUGUCAGUCUGAAUGUGGGGAACUUCACUGGUGCUAAACAGGCUUCAUCACAGAGUUGGGUACCAGGCUGAAGGAUCUUUGAGAACAGGGAAAAUGGGCAAACAGGCCCUCAAACUGACACGAGAUGUAGAGAGAGAACCCUUUGCCAAAUCUGCUGUCAGCAAGUGGACAGUGAUACUGUUUACAGCUUAUGACCUUUGUGAACCCUGCAUUAUUUUCCUAAUGAAGCAGACUGUUAAUAGGCCCUUUACCGGAGUGAAGAUCCUCUUUUUUUUCCUUUUCUUUUUUUUUUUUCUCUUUUUUUUGGGAAUUGAACUCAUAAUGAAGUAUGCAAAAUCUUCCUUUUCUGGGAUGGCCAAGCACCUGCUGUGGAGACAAUGUUCAGCACCAUCCUGUUGAGAACACAUGUAGCCUUUACAGUAGUUACUUGUCAAUGAGUAUGUGGUGUUUCAAUAUAUUAAUGGUUUAUGGGAUGUUUUAAGUUGGCUUUUCUUUUUGGAGAUUUCCCCCAUCUGCCCACCCUCCCCCCUACAACCUCCAGUUUGAUUUCCUUAGAUUUUUGACCAUUUUUGCUUUCUCUCCCUGGGGAAUCUGAAGUACUGCGCAAGUGCAAGGAAACGAUCAUAACCCAACACUGCUCAGACGUCAGGGUUUUCGGAAUAUACAGCAUUUGUUAUAACAAUCAACCGGCUGAAUUCCAGAGAGAGGUGAUGUGUGUGGUCUGUUUGUUUGUUGGGUUGGUUUGUUUGUUUCUUUCUUAUUCUUUCCUUAAAUUUAAUGGUACACCCCUGUUUUCCAUAAGCGUCAAACUAGGGUUGAUUGCAAAACAAGGGAAGCUAGCGAGUUUGCCUCUUGGCUCAUGAGGAUGGACUGACAGCGGGUACCGUUGCCCUCAUGUUCACCGAGGCAGGAGCCCAUUUGCUGCCCGCUGGAGCAGGCUCCCCUCCUGCCUUAUGUUAAGCAAGGCUGCCCCUACCGCCACAGCAAGCUGGUAAGGAGUUAUAAGCUGAGCUGCCAGACAAGUUGAACAUAAACACCUGUAAAGAUGUGUCUGAAAAAGUGAAAAUUAAGGGAAAUAUGCCACUUCACAGAAAAGCUAAGCGUAGAGGCUGGGCAUUGGCAGGUGACUUGCAGUGGCAAUGCGGGGAGUUAAGACACAGGUCAUUGCAGGGUGCAUUACUGCAUCAGUGAUCCUUUUUUUGUUUGUUUUGGACAUAUCCUUAAUUAUUUUUUCCUUCUCAUUAUGUAUAAUCCUUUGUGGCGGAAGAAGCAGGAGAGGGAAUAGCAAGGUGACAGUAUUAUACAAAUGGCUUUUCAUAUGAGCAUAGAUUGUAACAGGAUAAAUGACACAGAAAGACAAGGCAGUUUUAUAUAUUUUGCUUCUAAUAUUUUCUUUUGUAAAAUGAAUAAUAAUGAAUAAAAGGUAUGGUGCUGUAUAGAUCCUCUCUAUAAUCUGGAAAGUUUGAUUACUUUUUAUUAGUAUCUUGUGGGGGGAGGGAUACAAAAAGAGAGGGGAAAAUAUCAAUGGUACAUAGGAACUUGGUAUGAGGACGUUCUGAAUAAGGACAGUGUAUACAUAAUUCUCCAAAGCGAUAUAUGAAGUUUUUUUUCCUUUGCAUAAAAGCGUUAUGCAUAUAAAUAUAUAAAUAUAUUUUAUUAUGUACAGAAAUGGAUCAUUAUGCAUGGAUGUUAGGAAAACAAACUAGCAUUUUAACCCAAAGUCUCAGUGCAUGAGUUCCCACCAACCUGUGUCCCAUGCAAUGUGGAGUGACUCCCUCUUGCCACUGCCACCGCACAUGCACAGUCAUGCACACACACACACACACACACACACAGAGAAUAGCAUUCGUGGGCCCUUCCUCACUCCUUACUUUCCAGGUCCCUGAGGUGAUAUUGGUGAAACAACAGCUCCUAGUGUCAUGGAAGUUUUGUUUUUGUACCGUAGCCCCCAUGCUGUUCUCUCGUAAAGAUGCACCUCUUGGUUUCUCCCGCAAUUUUGACUGUGUAGACUCUGUGCAGUUGUGGUUAUUGUAGCCCUGUAGCAUAUCAAAUCUUCCAAGCAGCCAAGGGUUUAUCAUUUGCCUUCUAAAAAAUUUCUCUUUUCUUUUUACACCCAGGCGGUCUAUUUGUCAGUGUGGAGACUAGUUUAUGACAUUUAUUGGAAUUAGCUGAUGCUCAUUGCCCAUCUGUGUCAGCAACCAGCUACCCAGGAUGCUUGUAUGGCACAGUAGUCACCUGGCCUAGAGCUUGUUUUGCUUAUCGAGUCUAGUUGCAGGCACUUUUUACCAAAAUUGAUUGAGAGCUUUAUCACCAGCCUCCUCUUGAGUGUGUAGCAUUAACUCUCAGCUUCCCAGUACACCCUGAAAUGUGAGUGUACACUGAAAGAUUUCUCUCUGGUGCUUCUUUACCUGAGGUUCUCCACACCUGCUGCCCUGCAGCUAGGCUCGUGCCCUGCCCCAUGGUUUUGGCCACCAGAAGAGCUGACUCAGUGGCUCCUCAUGCUGGGUGCAUCAUCUGGCCCCUGCACAGAUGAGCCCUUGGUGAGACUUUGGGUGCCUGCCCAAAGAACCACCGAACAGGUCGCUGACAGCACCAGUAAGGCCUGACUUGAUAGUAUGGCCAAGGUGACCAAAAACCUUUUUUUUUUUUUUUUUCUUGGUACAGAUGCAGUUCUUAUCAAAGGGAAGGAAAAGCCCAUUAGCUUAAACCAAAUGGGGGCAACUUCUGCUUUGCUAUGGCAACCUAGCACCACUGAGUUCAGUGGAGCUAGCUCCUGCUGGCAGAAAUAAGAGCAAAAUCUGUGGUCUGCUCUGUUCAGAAAAUGGAGGAAAGAUACUUGAUUUAGAGACAGCCCUUCAAUGGCAGAGAAAUGGAUUUUUUUUAUUAAAAAAAAAAAAAAGCAUUAGCAGCUGAAAGGCUUAACCUGCCUCCCAGCAAUGUCAAGGAAAGCAUUUCCAUAGGUGCGGCUGGGACACCUUGGGCCCGUGCUUUGGACAUCCCAGCACUUAAUGAUGAGGGGCAGACUUGGCCAACCUCUUCGGUUUGGUUUGGUUUCUGUUGCUCAUUUUUGGAGCCAGAAUUUUCAAAUGGAUGUGCCUGGUGUCAGGCACCAAAUGUUGGGGACUCCAACACGGUCAUGGGGGGCAAGCUGCUUUGCCCUUCUUGCUUCUCAAAGGAAGGAGAGGUGCCAGGUCCCCCAGGGCCAGGGGAAGGUCACCACCCUCUGUGCCUGCUGAGGUGCCCAGCAAACUCCCUCCUCUCCAGAGGUGCUAAAUAAAUCUCACUGAAUUCAAAGGGCCACUUAUUUAGGUGUCAAAAUACAGACUUGAAUAACUAAUUUUGGAAACCUACCUUUUGAAAAUUUGGCCUUUGAGUCUUUGAACAUGUUUAUGCAUAGAAGUUUUCCUUCUGAAACCAUGUAAAACAGAUAAAGGUCCAGCACAAUUAUGUAGUUACCGUUUAAACACUUGGUCUAAACAAAAGGUCUAAAAGGUGACAUUUAUGCAGUUCCUAGUCACAGGUUUGAGGCUUGAUUUAAUGAUUUUUGUAAAAAAAAAUUUUCUUGAGAAUGAUUAGAUAGCUGACCACUGCUUAACUCAAGAAAUUUUUGUGCCACUGCUUCAAAACGUUACCUUUUAGGUCAUGUAUUUCUCUGAAAUGAUGUCAUUGCUUGGCAAUCAGUGUCCUGUAAGUGUUUCUAGUACACGAUAUACUUUAGGAAUUGCCAACAGAUGCGAAGGGGGACCAGAUACAUUUCGUUACUAUGGGUUGGAAAAAAUGGAUUGUACAUUUGGCUUCACAUGUUUAACUUUUUUUUAAAAAAAGUUGCAUGAUUGGAAAAAAUAUGUAUACAGUAUCUGUAAAACUGUUUUAUCUGUUUUUGUUUCAAGCCAUGUAAAUUGGAAGAAUAUUAAAUCCACAGCCUUAUCGCGCAUGGCCGUCUUUACAUACCGAAGAGCUGAACAGUUUAUACUUUUCAUUUGGGCUAUCUUGUACUUUCAUUUGAAAGCAGACACUCUCAUGUUGCAGUCUUACUGAAGAUUUUAUAUGUAAAAACAAGAAAAAAGAUGCUGCCCUGGAGGAAUAUACUACCUUACUACACAGAGGUUGGAAGGAAGUUUGUUUUGGAGCAAAACCUGCCCCUUUCCAAACGAAGUAGAGACGCAGUGCUUACUCCACUUGGUGUUAGUAGAUAUUGCCUUGUGUAUUCCAUUUUAAAUUGUAAUCUAGUUUGUAAAAGAGAUGGUGACGCAUGUAAAUAAAGCAUAAUUGAUCUCUACAUUGCA